AAUGGCACCGAAUUUUCACCAAAACACUUUCAGUUGCGAGCGGACCUCUGCACGGAGUGGAACAAAAUCUGAAAACCAAUAGAGUACAGUCCGCGGAAAACGUUCAUUUAAUAGAAGAGCAAGAAAAAUAUAUAUAUAAUCUAAUUUUUCUCAUAUAUACCCUAUAUAUAUUCUGCCUGUGUAUAUAUGAACAUAAUAUAUAUGCAUCAGUGUACCAAAAAUUGUUAUACAUAAAAUAAAUUGCGAAAGAAAGAAAUACCAUUAUCAACUAUAAAUAGUGCCUUAAUGCUCAAAGGAAUAUAAAUUUUAAUAACGAAAAAACCAAACGACGUGAGCGAAUCUUAUAAUUUAAUAGAACCAAUAAAAGGAGGAGAGAGCAAAAUCGACACACGCCCGCAUGUUCGAGUUAAAGGUUUAGAAUCGUAACGAAGAAGAGCCGAACCGAAGAUUGAGAACCGUACCUGAAGGAAAUCGAAAGAUGACUUUCACCCGAUUAAAGACUCUGACAUUGCUCGUGUGUGCUCUGCUGGCACUGAGUUUUCCCGGAUAUGUGAAUUGCGCUAACAACAAGAAAGGAUCGCAGCCAGCCGCCGCGCCGCUUGAGCCAGAGGCCGUCAUCGAGGAGGUCAAUGCCAAGCAGUUGGAGAAGCUCUUGGCCGACAAGGAUUACGUUGCCGUUUUCUGGUAUGCGCGCAGCUGUGUGACCUGUGAUAAGGUUUUAGCGGAACUCGAAAAAAUCGACGAUGACACCGACUCCUUCGGUGUGGACUUUGUGAAAAUCAACGACAAACGACUAGCAAAACAAUAUGGCAUCAAGAACUUCCCCGCCCUCACCUACUUCAGGGAGAAGGAGCCCAUCAUCUAUGAUGGCGAUCUCAUGGACGAGGAGGGAGUUCUCGACUUUUUAACCUCGCUGGAGGCCAUGGAUCUGCCCGACCGCAUCGAGGAGGUCAAUGCCAAGAUAUUGCAGAAGAUCAUCGAGGACACCGACUUCGUGGCCGUCCUAUUCUGUCCAGAUCAUGAAACAUGCCCGCCCCGGGUUAUGGAUAAGCAGCAGUGCCGCAAGUGCGCCAAGGCCCUGCAGGAGCUGGAGAAUAUCGACGACGAAGCUGACCAGCUGGGCAUCGGAUUUGUGAAAAUACACGACGAGGCCUUGGCCGAUGAAUACAACUUGGGCGGUCUGCCUGCACUGGUCUACUACCGCCACCAGACUCCGAUCAUUUACGAAGGUGAACUCCAGCGUGAGGAGGAUGUCUUGGAGUGGUUGGUGCAGAAUAAGUCGACGGGCGACGAGGACGACGUGAUAGAAGACGUCACAUCCAAGACGCUGUCGACGCUGAUCAGCAACAUUGAUAACUUGGUGGUGCUGUUCUAUGAUCACGGCAAUGACGACUCGAUGACCGUGUUAGAAGAGCUAGAACAGAUUGACGACGACUGCGACAAGCAUGGCAUUCAGUUUGUGAAAAUCGACGAUGCCAAGGCGGCAGCCGAUUACGGAAUCGAUUCGAUUCCGGCUAUUGUUUACUUUGAAAAAGAAAUUCCAAACGUUUACGACGGCGAUCUCAUGGAUGAGGAACAAAUACUGAAGUGGCUGUUGAGCCAGUUGGAACGCGAUGAGAUCGAGGAUGUCACCGACGAAAUGCUCGACACAAUGAUCAAAGAAGGACGCGUCAUUGCGGUGCUGUUCUACGACAACAACGACAAGAAGUCCCAGAAGGUGCUCGAAGAGCUCGAGAACAUUGACGACGAGUGCGAUGCCCUGGGCAUUACCUUCGUGAAGAUCGACAAUCCCGAGGAGGCCGUUGAAUAUGGCAUCAAUAAAGUUCCUAAGCUGAUAUACUUUGAAAAAGGCAUUCCAACCAUUUACGAAGGCAACCUGGAGGACGAGGAGAAGCUCCUCAAGUGGCUUACAGACCAAACAAGUUCCGAUCAAAUCGAGGACAUUACCGACGAAAUGUUGGACUUGAUCAUUGAGAAAAUGCCCCAUGUUGCUGUGCUCUUCUACGACAAAGACCAAAAGAAAUCACAGAAAAUCCUCGCAGAAUUGGAAAACAUCGACGAUGAGUGCGAUCAGAAUGAUAUUGCCUUUGUCAAGAUCGAUGAUGACAAGGAGGCCAAAGAAUGGGGUAUCGAUGAGAUUCCCUCGAUUGUACUCUUUGAGCGCGGCAUUCCACACAUCUACGAGGGUGAUCUGAUGAAAGAAGAUGAGCUUCUUGGCUGGUUGGUCCACCAGAAGCGCUAUUCCGAGAUUCCGGAAGUCACCGAUGAAAUGAAGGACAAACUGGUCGAGAAUACCGAGCAUCUGGCGGUUAUCUUCUAUGACAAGGACGAUAAGCAGGACAUGCGCAUUCUCAACGAGCUGGAGAACAUUGACGAUGAGCUAGAGAAAGAGGGAAUUGUCAUUGUGCGCAUCGAUAAUGCCGCCGAAGCCAAGGAAUACGGUCUCGACCAUUUGCCCGCCCUCAUCUACUUCGAGAACAAAAUCCCAGCCCUCUACGAAGGCGAUCUGAUGAAUGAGGAUGAGGUACUGGAGUGGCUGCUGGUCCAGAAGAAGACUGCCACCAUUGAGGAGGUCACCGAUGAGAUCCUCGUCAACCUGAUCAACGAGCACGAAUAUGUCGUUGUCUUCUUCACGGGUCCCUGCGAACCGGGCGAGACCUGCGACCACACCCUGAACGCCCUGGAGACCAUAGACGAUGAGUUGGACGAGGCUGGAAUCAUUUUCGUUACCACUGAGGAUACCGGAGUCGCCAAGAAAUACAAUGUCAAGACUUAUCCACGUUUGGUAUUCUUCAGAAACCGUGAUCCGCUGCACUUCACAGGAGAUCUUGAUGAUGAGGACGAAGUGUUGGCCUGGAUCACCGACGAUGAGACCCUCGAGAUUCCCGGGAAGAUCGAGGAGGUCAAUGUGAAAAUGCUGGAUAAGAUUUUGGCUGAAAACGACCACGUCGUCGUGUUCUUCUAUGUCGAAGGAGAUAAGAAGGCUCAGAAGAUCCUCAACGAAUUGGAGAACAUCGAUGACGAGUGCGAGGAAAAAGACAUCGACUUUGUCAAGACAUCCGACGACGAUAUUGAUAAGGAAUACGAUUUGCCCGGUCUGCCGGCACUUGCAUUUUAUAGACAUAAGUUUAGAACAAUUUACACCGGUGAUCUGAUGAAGGAAGAGGAAAUUCUGGAAUGGGUUAUCGAUUUGCAUGAGUCUACUGCUGAUGUCAUUGAGUCUGUCGAUCGUAAGACCCUGCAGGUCCUGAUCAACGAUGUUGAGCAUCUGGCUGUGUUCUUCUAUGAUGACGAGUGCGAAUCGUGCUCGGAUAUCUUGGAUGAGCUUGAGAAUAUCGACGACGACACCGAUAAGCAUGGCAUUCAGUUUGUCAAAUCAAACGAUGUUAAGCUGGCCCAUGAGAUUGGCAUUUUCGCAUUCCCAGCUUUGGUCUACUACGAGACUGGAGUCCCGAUCAUGUAUGAUGGUAAUCUCAAAAAUGAAAAUCGAGUGCUGCAGUGGUUAAUCAAUCAAAAGAGCAACGAUGAAGACGAUGGAAGUGAUGAAAAGAUUGUUAAAUUGAGCUAUCCCAAAGAGAGCGAUGAGGAUAAGCGGGAGAGAUUGAGGCGUCUCCAGCUAGCGAUUCGAAAGCAGAGAUUGCGAAAGCCCAAACGACAAAAUGACGAUGACGAAAAUGGUGACGAUGACGAAGGCGACGACGAUGACGAUGAUAAUAAGAGAAAAGUUACUGAUGGGGAUGACGAAAACGACGAAGAGGAUGAAGAUGAUAAAGAAAACGGGGAUGACGAUGAGGAUGAUGAUGAAAAUGGGGAUGACGAAAAUGGUGAUGAAGAUGAAGAGGAUGAGGAUGAGGAUGACGAUAAAAAUGAUGAAAAUGGGGAUGAGGAUGAGGCAGAGAACGAUGACGACGAAGAAGAGAAUGAUGAUGAGGAUAACGAUGACGAUAACGACGAUGAUGAAGAUAAGGAUGAUAAAGAUAAUGACGACGAAGACGCCGAUGACGAUAAUGAUGAAGACAACGAUAAUGAUGUAGAGGAUAAUGAUGAGGAUAAUGAUGAGGAUAAUGAUGAGGACAAUGAAAAUGACGAUGAUGACGACAAUAAUAAUGAGGAUGAUGAUGACGAUGACGAAGAUGGGAACAAAGACAAUGAAGAUAACGAUGACGAAGACGAAGAAGAAGACGAUAAAGACAAUGACGAUAAAGACAAUGACGAUGACGAUGACGAUGACGAUGACGAAGACGAAGAAGAAGAUGUGAAAAGUAAGCCAAAAUAUAGGCACACGGCAAAGGGCCGAACGAUACAUCGGCUUGCUGAUCUAUGCUCGGGUCGGCUUAUAGAUGAAAUAGACUUGGGUGAAAGGAAUUCAAAAAGUAAUGCAUUCAGCCCAGAUGACGAAUGUUUCUAUGUUGGAUUGGGCCACGACGGCCAUUCAGCUAAGCGCGGCAACAAUUUCGUGCCCAACGAUUACAAACCAUUCCAAUGCUGUCCAACCAAAUUGGAGAAGUCAACGAAAGUUCCUAAAAUGACGGCCCAGCGGAUCGGACACAGCGACGGCGAUCAGGGCAAGCGGGCGGGCGGCGUCGGCGGCGGCAACUUCCAGUUCGCCGCAUCGGCGGCCACCAAGCCAGCAGCCAGGAGGCCAGAGCCUGCUAGCAAGCCAGUGCCUUCCAAGAAGCAGCCCAAGCGCACCCAGGCCAAUGAUGACGAGGAUGACGAUGACGACGACGACGACGACGAUGAUGGCAAGCCCCUGGUCAAGGUGUCGUAUGCCAACAAGCGGGCGGGAGGCGGCAGCAACAAGCCGCAGGCUGGCAAAAAGCCCGUCGCCAAGGUCCAGCAGAACGACAACGACGACGAGUCCCAGGAGGUGGAGAAGCCGUCCAAGCAGAAGUCGUCAAAGAAGUCCGGCAAGCUGAAUGUUAAAACCGGCGUUAAUUUUUUCCAAAAUCGACUAAAAAAUUUGUAUGACCUCAUUUUUCAGGAUAUCUCUCUGUGGGAGUAAGGCAGUUUAACUGAGUAUAAAGCCAGUUGCUAAAUCAGUUGAAUAGUGAUUGUAUGAUUGAAUGAUAUGCCAUACCCAAUACUCAGUAGCACGUAUUCGCACUGUUCUUCACCGAUACCAAAAAAACACUACCGAAACCAAACCAAAACCAAAACAAAACCAUCAAACCCAAGCCUGUACAGCCGUCAAAAGAACCUUCAAUGACAGGUUUCUGUAUAAAUGCUAUAUGCACCAAUGAGUGACUGCCGACUGACGACAGUAACUGAAUAACCUGUGAAUACGCAUGGCUGUGUGUAUAUAAACAUAACGCUACUAUAAUAUCAUCCUCGGUGUCCGAGCAGAUCCGAUCAUUGUCCGCACAUUGUCCUUCUGAGCCGCAGACACAACUCGUUGUUCCACGUUGAGAAGAUCUUUCGAAAGCAGAAUCACACGCAACCCAAAACAAACAAAAAACUAAUGAACAAACACACACAAAAACAUAAAACGUACACAUAACUAACAUAAACUAUGUUUUUGAUAUUUUCGCUACAACUAUCUUCGGAGGGGGCCCGCCCCCAGUUCUGUAGCUCUAAGCUGAACUAAACCCCAACAUUUGUUGCAUUUUGUCGAUGUUCAAACUAAAAGCAAUUAGUGCAACAAAAAAACUAUCAAACUUCUGAGAACUUUCACUUGUUACUAUUUAGCCAGACAGCUUUGUUAUUAACAAACCAAUCAGCAAUUGUCAAUAACAAGAGCGCGUACACUUUUUGAUACUACUACUUUUUGUCACAAUAUACAAUUUACAUACAUACAAACAUAUUUAUGUAGCUAGUCUAAUUUAAAGAAGCCAAAAGAAGAACAAAUCAAAGCCAAACCAAACCAAACGAAGCGAAAUGAAACAAAACAAACAAAACGGAACAAAAGAAAUAUUUUUUGAAGCAAUUUACAAUUUGCAAUGGCAAAAACUGUUAACUAUUUUAACUAAAACAUGUACAGAUGAGAGCCCACCACACGUUAUUCUAUAUACACAACACAACACACAACACACAUACAUACAUAUCUGAUAAAAGAGCCAUUUACGACAUAUACACAUUUUGUAGCUAGAUAUUUAUGUGCGAGACACAAUAGCCAGAUACGAGCAGACCGUAUACUUAAUUUUUCUGUAACCAUUGAGCUGUUACAAAGUCUAAGACUUCUCGCUGAACAAUGGCCUUGCCUCGCAUGCAAUGUAGCCAGCCAUUUUGUUUCGUUUGUUUCCUUCUGAGAGCGAUGCGAUACCAUACCGCUCGCUGUUAUAUUUGUUAUCGGUAUUGGCGAAAUACCGAAUAUUAUAUCUUUAUAUCACUUAUGUUAGCUAAACUCUAUCACUCUGUCACUAAAUCCUACAUGUGUAAACCGCUAUUUUUUACGUUGAACAGCAGCCUUAAAGUCAAGAUCAAGCAAAUGUAUUUUUGUCAAACGGGUUUUCAAUGCCUGAAAAUUGAAAAUCGAAAAUUGUAAGAACCGCAAGCACAUUUUUGUAAAACUAAGCUCCACAAAUCAAUUGUAAAAAUUCACAAUAAAAAGCCAUCGAAAUCAAAUGAA